AUGCCUCGAAUGCCCCCAGAGAUUGUCGACGAGAUUAUUGAUCAUAACCACGACGACCCCACCACUCUGCGAGCAUGUGCGUUGACAGCGCGUUCAUGGCAACCCCGCAGCUACAGAAACCUCUUCUCCACCAUAACCAUCACCAGCUCCGCAUUGCUGUCUCGCUUUAUUCACCUCUUGAAAGAGUCCCCUCACAUUGCCAGCCUCGUCGAAGAACUAUCCUUCGAUGCACAUGCCAACUACAUGGACGCAACACUCAGGCCCUGGAUUCACAAGAUCGCCACAAUUCCCAUGGGUGAGCUCACGCGGAUCAGGACCCUGCGGUUCGCCAAAGUGCAGUGGAAUUGUAUUGAGAAGAACGAGGCACUUCUCAGUACGCUCAGGUCAUAUUCCACAGUCCAAGAAGUCUAUUUUCGCGGAUGUAGCUUUCCAACAUUCAUCGACUUCGAGGAGUUUGUAGUCGCCAUGCCAGCCCUCACGCGUUUCUCCGUCGACCUGAUUACCUGGUCGUUCGUCGACAGAUUCCACAUCGAUCGCAUGAUGGCCGACCCACCGAAGCUGCAACUGUCUGGUGUCGAGUUUAUCCGGUUUGCGGACCCAGUGAAAUUCUGUUCGUGGCUUCUCAGGAUGCCUAUCCCGCCUACACUGCAGACGGUGGCGUUUCAUUGGGUUAUGGCUGAGGAUGCACAGAUGGUGGGCAAAUUCCUGGCCGAGCUUGGUCCCGGGCUGCGGAGUCUUCGUAUUGGAUGCCGACUUGACAAGCAUCCGGAGAUGGCAUACUGCUUGAAUAGACACAUCGACUUGUCGCGUAAUGAGGAACUGCGCUCGCUGCACCUUGUUAUAGCGGAUCUGCAGGACUACCUGAUGCCGUGGGUGCCUGCGAUCCUGGCUCAAAUAAAGCAUGUGCCUUUACGGUGGCUAACGUUGGAGGUAUGGCUGGACAACGGGCUACAGCUAGUCAGCGAUGACUGGGUCGAAAUUGUGGCGCUUUUGGACAAUGAGUGGGUUGCCACGCUGGAAGAGGUGAUAAUCAUGCAUCGUGGGAAUCUCCCCAUAAGGUAUACGAAUGCAUCGUGGACAUGGCGGUUCCCUGGCCUCGUAAAACGCGGUGUCUUACGCGUUCGAGACUGCUCGCCGCUCCUUGCCGAGAAAUUGAAACCGUCGCCACAGCACGACGACCCCAGAGGCAUUUCUCCUCUUGGGUCCCAAUUAAAACCACUUUGUGUCGAUUAG